AUGGGUAUAGGAAUAGAGAAAUCCAAUACCACACCCUACCAUCCGAUGGGAAACGGCCUCUGUGAGAGGUUCAACCGUACUCUACUAGGAAUGUUGGGCACAUUAUCCGAAGAUAAGAAGCAAGAUUGGAAAGCUCAUGUCGGUCCCCUAGUUCAUGCCUACAAUUGUACUCGGCAGGAAUCGACUGGGUUCACACCCUACUUCCUUAUGUUCGGGCGAAACCCAAGAUUACCCAUUGACUUAGCCUUUGGAGUAGACAACACCGGAGUUUCCUCACGGUCUAUGACAACUUACGUCGAUUCGUUGAAGGAUAGACUCUCCAAAGCCUAUGAGUUGGCCUCAGCCUAUUCACAGCGAAGGAAAAUUCGACAAAAGGAUGUUUAUGACUCCAAAGUUAGAGGAGCUGUCCUUGCCAUUGGUGACAGAGUGUUAGUCAAGGUUGUCGCUUUUGAUGGGAAACACAAGCUCUCGGAUAAGUGGGAGGAACAUCCAUAUGUCGUCAUGAAUCAGCCAAACCCGGACGUACCAGUUUACGAAGUGAAGAGAGAAGAUGGAGAAGGAAGGUCUAAGACACUUCAUCGGAAUCUCCUUCUUCCAAUCAGCUUCUUACCAGGGCAUACUGAUAAACCUGUACCAGUACCUAGACCCCGACGAUCGAGGGCAGCUCAGCAUACACCGGUCGCCGAAGACGACGACAGCAUCAGUGUGGCAGAGACUGACUCUACAGACGAGAUGUUGGUGGUUCUGGAUUGUGACGUAAAGGACACCACACCCGGGCCCAGAACCAGCCAACAAGAGGAGUCUGAGCAGGCAGAUGAGGAUGGGGAAGAGGACGCUCUUCACGAGGAUGUAUCUACUGCUACGGGAGAUACUGAAGAGGACGAAGACUCAGUGAAAUUCAGGAGGAAGGACCGACAUUACCUCGGCGAUCCCAGAGAGAGAGACGGAAACCCUCCUGGAUGCGGAGUGACACCUUCCAGUUUAGACAGCAGCCGGAGCCAGAUUGGAAGGCACGAGCUCAUUACCUUGAGUCAAUUGCAAAAUCUAGAGUACUGCAAGGAAAGGAAGAUGAUGCAGCAACGGCACUGCUCAACAUUAUCUCAGGACAGUAAAAUUUGUUUUAGCUUGUUUUUUUUACAGGAUUCUUCUGUUAAGCGUCGAGGAUGA